AUGUCCUUUAGCCGCAGACCCCACUGUAACUCCACGGCACUGCAGCAUUACCUGACAAUUCCGCGAACUCCGUUAGAUCUGCCGGCCUUGAGCAAACUGCAGCCAUCGCAGGUGGAGAACCGCGUUGUGCAUCAGAUUGUGCGAGAGAUGGCUAUCCGCACCUCAAGAUGCUACCAGUCGUUCUCCGACCCGAUCAUCCAGAAGACAAUGCGCAAGCCACACGCAGAUCGUCUCCGGUGGGUCAAAUCGUACGUCCUCCGCGAGUUUAACUACUGCGUCGCCCUUCACCGAAGUCUGGAGCAGUGUCCGCACCAAGGAAUCUUCGAGAGGUCGACAGAUAUCAACUUUGAGCGGCAUGACUACGGCAGCUCACUUUCCCUCUUUUCACGUUUCCGCAACACGGACGACGACAGCUUCAUCGACGAGCCGACAGAGCUGUAUUCCAGCAGCGACAGCACCAGCAGUCAUGCGCUGCGCGACGCCAAGGGUGGCACUGGCGCCACCGGCGUUUCUUCCUUGACUUCAGCAUCGACAACGCACAGCUUUGGCGCUCUCGGAAUCCUGUCGAAUGCUGCCAUGACGCACGAUGAGGUAGAAGCUGCUUUCUCCAUCUGGGAUCGACGGAAGGCGACUAUCCCCCUCACGCUUGCACUCAAACUCCUUCGACCGCGUGAGUCGCUGCUGGACGUCAUGGUGAACGAAGCGGCUAUCCGGUCUGACGAGUUGAACGGGUGGUUCAUUCGCUUUUGCCGACGCCGAGUUGCGUGGCGCGUCCUUCACGAACACCUUCUUUACUUGACUCAUCCUGCUGACACGCAGCAGGUUAUUUUUUCCAACACAGACUUGGUCGAGCUGCUGCGGCGAGCCGGCAGCGCUGUUGUUGAAAUUUUUUCCAGCCUGGUGGAGAGUGACAGCGUGCACUCGUUAGUGAUUCACCUGGAGGAAGACAAGCGCAUCCUCACCAGCACUCCGCCCGGGAUUUUGGUGAGCUCCUCCACAUCGCCUCUCUCGUGUCCCGCAGAUUUGCCGGAGACGCGGCCGACCCCAGUCUCCUCGCUCGGUAUCUGCUCUGUGGAAGGCCACCUCACGUACAUCUUCCGUGAGGUCCUCAAGAACGCCUGCGCAGCGACACUUAAGUUGAGGCCUGAGAUUGAUGUGCUCAUCCGAUAUGCCAGCGACGAUACGUGGGUGGUUGUGGAGUUCAUUGACUACGCUGGUGGGAUUCAUCCGCAACACUUCAAGAACAUCUGGAAGUUUGGUUGGACGACAAGUGAUCACUACGAGAGUCACCUGGGUGGCUUCGGUGUUGGACUAUCCACAUCGAAGGUGUACAUGGGCAUGUGGGGCGGCUCCAUCGACAUCUACUGUACCUUUGGCGUCGAAACGACAGUGCGUGUGCGUUUUCCUAAAGCGCCCGUCGAGGUGCUCGUGCCUGAGUCCAUUACCGCCGCCGGCGGCAUGUCAAACACAUCUACAUGA